AGGAACCACGCGCGCUCUGCCCGGGGGAGGAGCGGAAGGGCCCGCUGGGGGCGGAGGAGCGGCUUAGAACGCUGAGCUGGCCCGGUGGAACGUUGGGGCUUCUCUUUUGGAACGCUCGCACACACUUUGGAACGCUCGCGCUCUCCUGCGGCGCGGAGGCGAGGCCCGGCCGGGCUCUCCGAGGAGAAGAAGCAGCGGCUCCAGGGAAACGGGCGCUGUUGUUUUGAGUCUCGCUGGCGGGGGCCUGCGGGGUUUCGGUGAGCGAAUCAGCUCGGUGCCCGCCGUUCGAUGGUUUGUCCCGACCGAGAUGAGCCGCCCGUCCUCCGCCGGACCCAGCGCUAGCAAACCCUGCGGCAAGCAGCAGCAGCAGCAGCAGCACACACCGUCGCCGGCUGCUGCCCCUGCCGCUGCCGCCAACGCCGCCGUCGCCACCAUCUCUGCCGCCGGGGCCGGUUCCUCCGCGGUCACCGCCGCGGCCGCUGUGAUCUCGAGCCCUGGAGGAGGCGAAGGCAGCGGCGGGCCGGUCUCGCCUCAGCACCACGAGCUGACCUCGCUUUUCGAGUGCCCGGUUUGCUUCGACUAUGUGCUGCCCCCGAUCCUGCAGUGCCAGGCCGGGCACCUGGUGUGCAACCAAUGCCGGCAGAAGCUGAGCUGCUGCCCCACGUGCCGGGGAUCCUUGACCCCCAGCAUCAGGAACCUGGCCAUGGAAAAAGUGGCCUCGGCCGUCCUCUUCCCUUGCAAGUACGCCACGACAGGCUGCUCCCUGACACUCCACCACGAAAAGCCGGAGCAUGAAGACAUUUGCGAAUACCGCCCUUACUCCUGCCCGUGCCCCGGCGCCUCGUGCAAGUGGCAGGGCUCGCUGGAAGCCGUCAUGUCGCACCUCAUGCACGCCCACAAGAGCAUCACCACCCUACAGGGGGAGGACAUCGUCUUCCUCGCCACGGACAUUAACUUGCCGGGGGCCGUGGACUGGGUGAUGAUGCAGUCCUGCUUUGGCCACCACUUCAUGCUGGUUCUGGAGAAGCAGGAGAAGUACGAGGGCCACCAGCAGUUCUUCGCCAUCGUCCUGCUCAUCGGCACCCGCAAACAGGCGGAGAACUUUGCGUACAGACUCGAACUGAACGGCAACCGGCGGAGGCUGACGUGGGAGGCGACCCCGCGGUCCAUCCACGACGGGGUGGCGGCGGCCAUUAUGAACUGCGACUGCCUUGUUUUCGACACUGCCAUAGCACACCUUUUUGCAGACAAUGGGAACCUCGGGAUCAAUGUGACUAUUUCUACGUGUUGUCCGUGAUAUUUCUAUGUAAUUAUUGAGACCAU